AUGGUUACUCGUAAACAACUUGCGUCCUUGAAAAAGGCCACCGAAGCGUCUGCUAACAAGCGUCGCCGUUCUGGAUCUCAAGGUCGCCGUUCCGGAUCUCAAGUCCCUCCUGUUCGUUCUCCUCCACCUGUUGCCGUCGCCGGUCCCUCCAAGCAACGUGUUGGUCAAGGUCGUAAAGAAACCCCCAAUCCACGUCAUUUAACUCCUUUUCCUCAUGAUCCUGAUCCUCCUGCCGAUCUUCCGAUUCCUUCUACCGAUGCUCCGUUUCCUUCUACACCUCUCCGGGAAGUUUCUACCGCCGUCGAGUAUCAAACUCCCCGAAAUAAACAAAUUAAAGGUGGUGUUGAGGCUUCCGGACCUCCCUAUCGUGAAGGACCCCUCAUCGUUGUUCCCAAACCGGGUGGUCGACAGAACUCGUACCACGAUAUUGUUCUUCAAGCUAUGGACGUGUCUUCUAACAAAGUCCAAAAUUUUAUCCAUUACCUUCGUUUAUGGAAGUCGACGAAGGCUGAAUCCACAAGGGCCAAGGUCGAUCUCGUACUUUCUGUUCUUGGUACUGAGCAGACCAUCGUAGGGUACGCGUCUGAACCUUGUAAUUGUUGUGAAGACAUGCUUUCCAAACCUUCCCGCUGGCAGGAUUUCACUAAGAAGUGGCCGUGUUUGGUACCCGUUAUCCGCUUUUCGGGUUCCGAGCAGUAUCAUAUUUGUGGACAUUGUUACUGGUGCCUGGUCGACCGUGGUACAUGCUCCUUCGCUGUUGAUUCCCGUAUAGGUCCCCGUGACCAAUUAAAAUUUUCAAUGACCCAAUGGAAGGCUAUGUACACGACACUCGAUAAAGCCAUGGCGAAUGCCAUCCUCUUGUCUCACCGUUAUGGUGUAAGGAUCGACGAAGAAGAUGCAGUUCAGGUUGCUGUCAAACAGCAAGUUAAUGAUGUUUAUUCCAGUGUACUUGAUCUUUGUGUAGUGCGUGUUUGUUUCCUACCACACGUAGUUCCUAACCUUCAGAAGCUAAACGAAUGUAAAAUAUCUGGUCCCGAUUUCCGUGUACCCAUUCCCCAUCGUUUCGGACACGUAGUUGGUAUCCAAGUCCCCGAUUACUGUAAUGUUCGGUGGGCAUACUCUGCUUUGCCGGACAAGAAACGAAGACCGGUCCCCAUCGCCAAAACUGGUUCGUCUAAGAAGAAGUAUAAGAAGUCGAAAGGAAAACAGAAGGCUGUAGACGAUUUCGAGUCUGAUUCUGAACCAAGUGAACCGUCGAUUGAGGAAAGUGACGAGGAUGAGAGUAAAUCCUCUCAUACCACCACCGAAACGGAAGAAGUGGAGGGUGAAUCCGGUAACGCUGGCGAGGAAGUCGAGGCAUAG